CAUAACCACAGUCCAACACUGUGAGAUCAAUGCUUUUUAUUGGUAUUACACACACACUGCAUGUGUUCCUCAGGAAGUCCAGGUUUGCUUCCUGGGUCGCUGUCUUGGUUCACGACCUCAGUCCCUGAUAACAUGGAGCCGCUUAAUGUUUAGCCCAAGAUCCACACACACACACACACACACACACACACACAUAGACCCACAUAGGGAAGCACAGGGAUUACAAAAGCGCAGUAACCCAUAUGCUGCACAGUGAUGGAGGCGAGAAAGCUAAACGCGAGGAGAACACAACGUAGUAGUGACCAAGGGACAGGUGUUGAAGACGGAGCCACAGCGGCAUCACACGGGAGUCGUCCUCUCUCUGCUGCAGCUCGUCUCUACGUGUACGCUCUGCACGGCUGUCUCUGCGAGGUGGCCUUCACUGCUGCGUGGGACUGGUGCAGCACCCGGGACAGGAGGCUGGCGGGUCACAGCAGCCUGUGGGCGCUGCCUAUGUACGCCAUCGCCAUCUACCUCCUGGAGGUCCUGAGGGCCCGGCUGCUGGCCCAGCACCUCCCGCUGCCGGUGCGUCUGACGGCCUACACCGUCUUCAUCUACCUGUGGGAGUUCAGCUGGGGGGCGGGGCUGGGGCUGCUGGGGGCCUGUCCCUGGGACUACUCUGGUUUUAGGUACAACCUGGGGGGACUGGUGACUCUGGAGUAUGCGCUGCCCUGGACUGUGGCAGCAUUCAUAGCUGAGCAACAUGUGAUCAGGAACACUCUGAGGAUAAGACUGGCACAGCUGAACUGAUAGCAAUCUGAAAAACUACAAAGCAUUUAUGGACAUGUUUUUUUUCAGAACAACACCACACUAUUGUGCGUUUUGACAUUUGCUUUUCACAAAUGUUGAUGCAUACGCAUCUCACUGAGCUAACUUUUAGCCAACUAAAGUCAUAUCUGUGAAGAAGCAGUUUACCUUUGAGCAGUUGCUGAAAUUUGCCACAAAUACAAAUUGGAAGCUGUGUUCCAUGGGGUUAGUCCUGUAAAUGGUCUGAGAAAGCUAAUAUACAUUUUUGCUUAAAACACAAAAACUACUCUAACACAAUUUCACUACUAUUUCUACCGUAUUUUUGGACUUUUGUAAUCAUUUGUACAGGCUACCGUAGCAACUUUUCUAUAAUAUUCAUAAUCUCUGACUCUCUUCUACAGCUGGAUGUCGGGGCUAUGUUGUGAAGAAGUAGUAUUUUAUAAAUUGUAUGCAUACUGCGUGCAACAUUACCUACUCUGUAAGGGCAGCUGCAGUACAUACUAAAAGAAAAUGAAAAUGUACGCGAUUGGGAUCUCAGUCCAUGUUUUAAUUUAGAAGGCGGUGAAUAGGUGAAGAGGGCUUAUCACUCCCCGAUGUGAGGCGAGUGCAGAUCUGAGUCCUGCAGGCUCAGAUUUAAACGGUUUACGGCAUAACUGUCAUACUGAAAUUUGUGAAAUCCAUGAAAUAAUAAAGUUUUAUCAUUACAAACAAUAACAGAAGGUGGAAAUCAUUUCCCGAGGUGUUUUUGAGGUGGUUCAGGCAUCCGGUAAGGAUGCCUCCUGGGGGCCUCCCUAGGCUCCCCAGCUGGGAGGAGGCCUCGGGGAAGACCCAGGACUAGGUGGAGGGA